GUCAAUACAAUUGCGAUGAUAAAUCCGGAUCCAAAUGUGCUCCUUAUGCAGUUUACAAAGUUAAAAAAGGAAAAAAAUAUAGAUUCCCAUAUUACGCCUUUUCAAUUGAUGGUCAUAAGAUGAAAAUAAUUGAAGUUGAAGGAACUUUGAUUAAACCCGUCGAAGUUAAUCAAAUUGGUCUUCAUAUAGCUCAACGAUACUCUGUAAUAGUUGAAGCUAAUCAAGAUGGUGGAAACUUCUGGAUGCGCGCUAAUAUGUCUGAAUCAUGUAUUGCUAACAAUAAUCAGACUAUUAAUUCUGGUUCACUUCUCAAACAUGAUAUUCGCGGCAUCCUCUCUUAUGAAGGUUCCGAUGAUAAAGAUCCUAAUUCUCAAGCAUUUCCUGAUGAAGUUACUCCAUGUAGAAAUCUUGACAGUAAUAAAUUAAAACCAUUAGCAGAUACCCCAUGCCCUGAUAAAACUGAUUCUCUUUCACUCAACGUAACAUUUGGCCGUAAUGCACAAACUAAUGUAUCUGAAGCAAGAAUAAACAAUUCAAGUUACUCUCCAACUUAUUCCAACCCAACACUUUUGGACAUUAUUGAAAAACAUAUUGAUGCAAAAACUUUGCCAAAAUCACAAAACGCAGCUGAAUAUGACAAAGAUG